AUGUAACAUAAAAAGAAAAAGGUAGCAGAGCUAAUUUAAUUGCUCUUCAUCAAGAAGGUCUCCUUUUUCUUCUCUUUUGAACAAUAAACUCUCUCUCUCUCUCUUUCUUCUUCUCUCUCCUUUUGAACAAUGAAUCUAGACAAUAUCAUUGAUUGCAUUUGCAUGCCUGCAAUGAAAAAAAACAGGUCUUUUACUUUUUUUUAUUUUUUUUUUUCUUUUCUUUUAGACAAUGGCUUGAAGCAUCCAAUGGGUCAUUCAGUGGAUGGGGAUAUCAAGUAUCUCUUGUUGAAAGCAAACGAAAAAGGAAACAACGUAGAUCAAAACCCUUUUUUGCGACAAAGGAUAAACGGUUGGCGGAAAAGAGAAGAUAACGUUUUCUUGUUACUUGUGUGGCUUGACUUUUAUUUUUUUUUAUUUUUUUUUUUUGCGGGACUCAAUACGAAAAAUGAGACAGAUAGGGCAAAGCAAUGAGAAUGGAUUAACAUAGUGUCCCUAUGUUUGCCAGAAUUUUUCAUGUUCAAGCCAGUAAAAAGCGUAUCCCAUGUUGCAUGAAUCCACGAGAUUUAUUUUAUCCUCCAUGCUUGGGCAACCAUGGCCAAAAGGGAGAGAGGAAUUUCUUUCUCAUGCAAGAUGA